AUGCCCCCGGACACGACCGAGUCCGCUCCAUCCGGCCCUACGGACUCUGCAAAGACGGAGCCUUUGGCCUGCGUUUCCUGCAGAGCUCGCAAGUUGAAGUGUGACCGCACAAGGCCGGCCUGCACUCGCUGUGUAAAGGUUUCAAAUGAGUGUGUAUAUCCAGAGUCAAGGAGGAAGCCAACCUUUAAAAGAAGAAACGUUAAAGAGCUUGAGGCUCGUCUCGCCCAAGUCGAGGAUUACCUCAAAGAGGUUAAUAAGAAUUCAUCAGAGGGAAAGACAGAUGACGACAGUCCUAUUCACCAAACUCAGCCCGAGGCCAACUUCUUCGAUGUUGACUUCUCAUCAACCUUCCCUCAGGCAAUCAACAACGCAUCAGAUGCCAACUUUUCCUCCUUCACCUCACCAGACUUUACACAGCAGUCAAAUAAUUGUGAUAUACCCUUUAAUACACAGUUGAUAAGCAUGGGCUUCUCUGAGCCUUUGCCGCCGGACGAUGUCAUGGAGGAACUCAACUCCAUCUUCUUCGCCCACCAAUAUCGAAUGAUACCUAUCGUUCAUCCAGAGAGGUACAUGCAAUCUUUCUAUGGCCCCGUCUCCAGAAAACCCCCCAUGUGUUUACGAUAUGCCAUAUGGGCUCUGGCGGCUGCAGGCAACGCCAAAUACGACCAAUACCACGAGAUCUUCUAUCGUCGAUCUCGACAGUACGUUGAAGUAGACAUGAUGAAGGGGCAUGGCGAUGCUUUCGUAUCCGUCCAGCAUGCGCAGACCUGGUGCCUCAUCGCCUUUUACGAAGCAAGAAUGUUGCUGUUCACCAGAUCAACCAUAAGCGUAGCCAACUGCGUUCGUCUCUGUCAUAUGAUAGGACUCGACCGUCUGGACGGAGACCCUCUUGGCAUGCCUCCAGCACUGGGACCUGCUCUUACCUGGGCCGAGCUGGAAGAAAGGAGGAGGAUCUUCUGGGGAGUGUUUGCUGCGGAUGCUCAUUGCUCCAUCUCCACGGGAUGGCCAAGCUUGAUCGACUGUGAAGAUAUUGCUACAAGACUCCCUGCCUCCGAGGAGGCGUUUAACGAAGAUCGCAAAGAGGAAGCUCCUUUCCUGGACGAUGCAAUCCAAGGUGCUCAGUAUGCAGGCUUUGCAGGAACCAUCGUCACAUGCCAGAUCAACAAAAUGAUCCUGCGCCAUGUUAACCGUUCCAAGCCCGACAGUCGAUGCGAAGAUGUAAUGCAUGGAUCUUUCUGGACUCGACACCGCGAUUUGGACAACACGUUGUCCAGUCUUUUCAUGUUUCUUCCUGAAAAGUUUCGUCUCCCUGAGAAUAUACGCGAUGUAUCGGCACUGCAUCUGAAUCUCAACCUACACGCAGCCGUCAUCUGUUUGCACCACGCCGCCAUUGAGAAGGCCGACAGGUAUAACCUUCCAGCCCAAGUCAAGCAGAGCAGUGUAGCACGCCUUCGAGCAGCUGCUGAGGAGGUUGUCAACACCAUGCGACUCACCUCGAAUGUGACCAUGUUCUUUAAGAGCCCGUUGUCCGCUCUAGCGUUGUACUGCACGACGACAGUCUACAUAUACAUGGGCAAGGAAAACCCAGCGACGGGCCUAAGCACAGUUGACUUAUCAAACUUGCAACUCGUCCUCCAAUCCAUGGAGGCCAUCGCACGCGUCCACGUCAUCACCCGAAAUUUCUUGCAUCAGUGUUGUCUCGACAUUGAAAAGAACGGGCUCGGCUCUGUCAUUCAGAUGCCCUCACUAAGGAGGUACCGCGACGCUUUCGGACCGGCAAAGUCACACAUACCUAUGGUAGCCCGCAGCUCAGUCUCGCAACACACAGGGGCAUCACCGAUCGUAUCCCCAGCCGAGAGGGAGCUAGAUGCCGCACAAACGCGGCUGGAAACGGUAUCCCGGGUCAUAGGAAUAGGUGUAAACAUAGGGAAACCUUGCUUCCAGGCGUUGCUUGGCUCCGUUCAUCGUAACAUUUUGCCUGCGGAUGGGCCGGACUCAAUAACGAACAAACGAAAGAGGACGAACGAAAGCCCCGGGCCCGACAUGAUGCCCAAACUACGAACCAGCGGUCCUCUCAGCCUGAACAUGAAUCUCAACUUCAAGGGAAACGGAAUGUGGCCAGCGUCUUUCUCGCCUCGCAUGGCUUCCGGUAUCAUAUCGCUCCCAGACCGCACAAAUUCUUCGACCGCAUCUUCCCCCGUUAAUCAUGGCUCGAAUCCUGGUUCUUACACGAGAACAACCUCAGGAAGCAGCCAUACCUCGCCCGACAUCGGCCUUGGUAACAGUGCAGAAGAGAAUCGAAUUGACCUGAGAGCCUUCCAGGAACGAAUAUCCACGCCGGUAUGGAAAUCCACUGAAGAUGCGCUUUUUACACAGAUGGCCUCGAAUGAAAUGCCUGAUGAGUCUGAUCCGUGGGGGAUAUUGAACGUGGGCGAGUUGAACUGGGAUAUGGCAUGUCUUCCGGCUGGGAAUUGA